GCCAGGCUGGCAUUAGCAAUUUCUUCUACCAAAAUGGAUAAAAAGACCACAGAUCUCAACAACACUGAGAAUUCAGAUGUGGAGUGUGAUGUGUCCACAAGAAGAAAGCGUAAAGCAGAGCAGUCUUGUCUGGAGCACAUGACUUCGUUCAACCAUAAUGAGCUGCAUAACAUCCUGCAUGUGAGGGAGGAACGCAAGCUGGUACGAGAUGUGGGACGCUUCAAAGACGGCAUCUGUCCUGCGCAUAACAAAUCCAUGGAGAUUUUCUGCCGCAAAGAUCAGCAGUGCAUAUGUAACCUGUGCCUUACGAAUAAACACAAAAAUCAUGAUGUCGUCUUAAUUGAGAAAGAAGUACCUGAGAAGAAGAUUAAACUAGGGAAAAUGCAAAGACAGACAACCAAGAUGAUUCUGACCAGAGUGAAAAAGGAACAAGAUUUAAAACAAGCUACGUAUUCAUUCAAGGCAUCAGCACUACAAGCAGUGGGACAGAAUGAUAAGGGUUUUACAGAGCUGACUCACUUCAUUAAGAUGAAACAGUGCGCACUGAAUGAGCUGAUCUUGGCUCAGGCGGAGACUGCCAUGAGGCAAGUUAAAGCACUUUUAGAGAGACUGGAACAUGAGGUCACUGAUCUGAAAAGCAGGGAUGCUGAACUACGGCAACUGGAGCAGCUCUCGAAAGCAGAUAAUGGCAUCUGUUUUCUACAAAGUCCUUCCUCUUUACCCCACCUCACAAAUUUCACCCAGAUCCCAGCUUUAUCAGUCCAUCCAUCCUGUCCAUUCCAGCUUGCCAGAGAUGCUGUCUCAAAUCUAAUCAAACAACUGCACGUAAUCUGCCAGUGGCGAUUCAUGACAAUCUCUGAAAGAGUAAAAAAUACUGGGAUUGUAUCCGCACCACUACCACAGACAUACCAGGAGCUCUUAAAAUAUGCAAUCAGACUUACUCUGGACACAAAUACGGUGCAUGACAACCUCCAGCUGAGUAACCUGGGCAAGGAACUGACUGCGGUUCAAAUGUCCGAACGCUAUCCCGUCCAUCCUGACAGAUUUGAAAGACGGCACCAGGUCUUAUGCAGAGAAGGUCUGCGCGGGUCACCACGUUACUGGGAGGUGGAGUGCGGUACAAAAGGUUCAUGGGUUACUAUUGCAGUCUCAUACAAAGCAAUAAAGAGGAAAGGGAAAAAUGCCCCACUUUUUGGUAGAUGCAAAAGCUCAUGGGCCUUGCGCAACUACGGAGGCAUAUACCAAUUCUGGCAUGACAAUAAGUACCAGAAAUCCUACACUGACAAAUCUUUGAAUUGUUCAAGGAUAGGAAUUUACCUGGAUCAUGGAGCAGGGAUUUUGGCAUUUUACAACGUCUCAGGUGACUUAAGCCUCAUAUGCAAGUUCCAGACAAUAUUUACAGAGCCUGUAUAUGCUGGUUUUGGACUGGUAGGGAUUGGAUCUCAUAUCCGCCUUUGUGAUUUAUAA